UGAAGUUGGCGGAACUUACAACAGGAGAGAUUUAACUUCAAUACAUAUACUGUAUUGCAUAUCAUUAUGGCUGGAAACAAUGAUGAUUCAGUUGACCGCUUCAUAAGAGAAUACAUCAGUAUGCUGGAGAAGUGUUCCAAAAAGUGUAUCCACAGUACUAAUGUAUCGGAACUGACCCGUAUGGAGAUCAAUUGUGUUAAAAAAUGCGUUGCAGACCAACUGAAAGAAUCGGAGAAAUCAACAACCAAGAAAUCAUGGGGGCCUAAGAAGGACUCAACAUGUUGUAUUUUGUAGAAAGUGUGGCAUUAAAUAAAUAACUUUCUAGAUUUUAUUCUACUUCAUUCUGUCACAUGUCUGUAUGGAAGUUUGAGCAGACAGUACCUUAUGUAGUUUUUAAAAAAUAAAAGAAACAUAUGCAGCCUGAGAA